UAGUCGAGGUGUUCCGAUAGUUACUGACUUAAAAUUUGGGAAACAUCCAAGGGGUUCCGAAAUCAUUCAUAAUGGCGGCCUCCUCAGAUGUAGAUUUAGAGAUGGAACCUUCUCUGAAGAAUAUUGUGGAACAGACAAGUUUAAAAUGGAUUUUUGUCGGUGGAAAAGGAGGUGUUGGGAAGACGACAACAAGCUGUUCUUUAUCAGUACAGCUUGCCAAGGUACGUGAAACAGUGCUGAUCAUAUCGACAGAUCCAGCUCACAAUAUUUCCGAUGCCUUCAACCAGAAAUUCUCAAAGGUGCCAACGCUGGUCAAUGGUUUUCCAAACUUAUAUGCAAUGGAAAUAGAUCCAAAUUUGGGCUUCUCAGAACUCCCAGAAGAAUAUUUUGAGCAGCAAGAUGCUAUGCACAUGGGGAAGGCCAUGGUUGGGGAACUCCUGAGUGCAUUUCCUGGAAUCGACGAAGCUAUGAGUUUUGCCGAAGUCAUGAAACUGGUAAAUGGGAUGAACUUUUCGUGUGUAGUGUUUGACACAGCCCCCACAGGUCACACCCUCCGUCUCUUGUCGUUUCCGUCCGUCAUAGAGAAGGGGCUCGGCAAGAUCCUCCGGCUCAAAAAUCAAGUGGGACCAUUUAUAUCACAGAUGGCUGGUAUGAUCGGAAUGCAGGAUAUGAACGCUGACGACAUGUCAACCAAACUCCAGGACAUGCUGACAACCAUUAGACACGUCAAUGCUCAGUUUAAAAAUGCUGAAGAGACGACGUUUGUAUGUGUGUGUAUAGCAGAAUUCCUAUCGCUAUACGAAACAGAAAGACUGGUGCAAGAGUUGACCAAGUAUGGAAUUGACACUCACAACGUCGUGGUCAACCAACUCUUAUUUUUAAAGAAGGGACAAGAACCGUGCAAACUGUGCAAAGCUCGGCACAAAAUACAGGCCAAGUAUUUAGACCAGAUUGCAGAUCUCUACGAGGACUUCAACGUGACAAAGUUACCUUUACUGGAAGAGGAAGUUCGAGGGGCAGCAAAGAUCACAGAAUUUUCCAACAACCUCUUAGAACCGUUUGAUGUAGAUAAAUCGUAGCCUCAGUGUGAAAAUGAUUUUUUAGCAGACCUCAAGUCGCCCUUCGUCUGUGGUCCAUCAUAAGUUGUCCCUCUGUCUGUUCGUAAACAGUCGGUGGUUUAGUUAUACUGAAAACUGAAGGGAUAUUUCUGAAAUUUCACAGUUAGGUUUCAAUUGGUCCCUUCUUAUGGCUGUUCAAUUUUGGAAUUGAUCAUAACUAGAAAAGAAAUAGCUGAAAUUAAUCAACACCACAUGUUGAUAGCAAAGAUGAUUAAGAGGAAAGAAGAGAACAAUACCGAAAAGAUCAAAGUUAAAUCAAGUUAAAAAAAAAAAAUCAAAGAUGAAACAAUGGUGGGCGCCAAAGUGCCUCUUUGGUAGCUUGUUAUUUAUUGUAUAAGGUUAUCAAGUGAGAGGGGUUGGGAGUGGGGAGCUGGGCUUACACUGUCGAUAGUUAUUUACACUCAAUACAUAAUUACAUCAUGUCUCGGAAUCUUUGUGCUUUAUAGCACAUAUGGUUCUCAGUAAAUUCUAAAUUUUCAAAUAAUGAAAAAGUUAAACAGAUAGUUAACUAUAGACAUGUGUGGCCAUGACAUUUUUUAAAACUGUUGUACAUGUAAGACAGAUUGAUUUUGAUUACCUCCACUAGGGUUCGAUCCCAUGACCCAUGGUGUACUAGACUAUUGCUCUAUUGAUUGAGCUAAAGGGAGUUUCUCCCUAGCAGAGUCGGUAGGAAGUAUCUAAUAUCUUACCAGGAGACAAACUCCUGAGCCAAGUCAGUUGGAAGCAGCUAGUAUCUUACCAGGGGGACUAAUUCCCUGGCCGAGUCGGUAGGAAGUAGCUAAUAUCUUACCAUGGGGACUAAUUCCCUGGCGAGUCAGUAGGAGGUAGCUAAUAUCUUACCAGGGGGACUAAUUGCC